AUGUUAAUCACAAUUUUAUUGCUAGGUUAUUGUUUCAUAUCAACAUCAAAAACACAAAAAAUUUCUCAAUGUAAUUUCGAAAAACCAUGUGAAGAUUUUCUAUUUGAUUCUUAUUGGAUUGUCGAGAAUGUUUCAUCACAUAUUGAUCAUACAUAUGGAAAUCUUUCUGGUCAUUAUAUAACUUAUACAAAUUCUUCAAUUUCACAACCUUUAACUGUAUUUCGUACAAAAGAUUGGAUAAAUACACCUUUAAAUUUAAUAGCAUGUGACGAUUUACAAGCUCGACUACCAAUAGGAAUUAUUGGAAUAGGUGUAAAUGAUCCAGAAUGGGAUGGUAUUACGAUAGAAAUGUUUUAUGCUACUCUUUUCAUUCCUUUUGUGUCAUUUACAAAUAUUACGGGUUCAUUAGAUAUUGACGAUUUAUCAGUUUCAUUAUGUCCCAGCUCAAAACCAAUACCUUCAAUCAAAAUGAUUUUCGACUGUGAUUUUGAUAAAACUGUUUGUUCUGAGUUGGUUUCAUUUUCUCAUUAUUCGUAUAGUUGGUCAGUGGUUCAAGCAGAAGAAGCAGAAAAUUAUACGAUACAAGCUCCAGAAGUUGACUAUUUCGUUGGAAAUAAAACAGGUCAUUAUAUGUGGCUUAAUAAUUCAGAUUCAUUCCAACCAGGUGGUGCUGGAUAUUUAAGCACAUAUUUCUUUCGUUUCACAUCGUCUGAUCCUAUAUAUUGUCUCAGUUUCCAAUAUUAUAGAUUUGGACUUAUUUUCCAAACUAGUAAACUUACAGUAUUAGCAUUAAAUGAAAGAGAUCAAAAGUCUGUUGCACAAAUUCGGCCUAUUAAUCCAAUCAAUUAUACUUAUAUAAAUCAACGAUGGUCUUGGGCAUAUGCUCCAUUACCUAUAGGCAAUUAUUCUCUUCUAUUUCGUAUGGAUUCUGAUUAUGAAGUGAAUAGUUCAUUUGCAAUUGAUUCAAUUUCUAUUAAAUCAUGUGGAUAUCCUCAAAAAUAUUUUUAUAAUCUUCAUCCACAAUCUGUUAUUAACUAUACUAUACAAUCACCGUAUAAUAUCAAUGAUCAAGAUCUUGGUCCAAAACAAGCAACAGGUUGGAGUGGUGAUUAG